UGCAGAGUAAUUGGCACUUUUGAAAUUCUUCAGCCAUCAUCGGUUCGAGGGGACGAUAAGAACACAAAGAUAUUUACUUAUGACUUCUCAUAUGACUCAACUGACAGAAGUCCCUCGUUUGCAUCCCAGGAGAAGGUUUUCAAUGAUCUGGGCGAUGAUGUCUUAAAAGCCGCAUUUGAAGGUUUCAAUGCCUGCGUGUUUGCCUCCGGUCAAACUGGAUCAGGCAAAUCUUACACCAUGAUGGGUCAUGCAGAACAAAACAGUUUAAUCCCAUGGAUCUGUGAAGGCCUGUUCUCCAAAACAUCAGAGAAAAGCACGAGCAAUAUGGUGUCAUUUCGUACAGAGGUCAGCUUUAUGGAAAUCUACAAUGAACGUGUGUAUGACCUGCUUAAAAAGAAGACUGUAGUUAUGGAGAGUGGAGGCUUAAGAGUGAGAGAGCACCCGAGAGAUGGACCAUAUGUUGAGAAUCUGUCCAAGCAUUUGGUACAUGACUACAGCAACAUGGAAGAGUUGAUAACUGCUGGGAACGCCAACCGUAUCACUGCCAGAACAAGGAUAAAUGACUCCAGUAGCCGUUCGCAUGCCAUCUUCACCAUCUGCUUCACUCAGAAAUGGUUUGAUGCAGAGUUGCCACACGAGAUGCUGAGUAAGAUCCACCUGGUGGACCUGGCUGGCAGUGAGAGGGCAGACACCACACAGACUUCAGGCAUCAGACUAAAGGAGGGCGCCAACAUCAACAAAUCCCUCGUCACCCUGGGCAAUGUGAUGUCAGCUCUGGCCGAGCUCAGCGUAGGACACCCGACAACAAAAAAGAUGACCUUCAUCGCUGACAGAGACUCGGGUCUUACAUGGCUGCUUAAAGACAGUCUUGGUGGAAAUUCAAAAACGACUAUGAUUGCAACCAUUUCUCAAGCUAAUGUGAACUAUGGAGAGACUCUGAGCACGUUGCGCUAUGCCAACCGCGCUCGAAACAUUAUAAACAACCCCACAGUGAAUGAAGACAGGAGUGUGAAAUUGAUCAGGGAUCUCCAGGCAGAGGUUACCAGGUUGAAAAGGCUACUAGAAACCAAACAGGUUUCUCAUCGAGAGCUGUCUUCCUCACUGAAGGUAGAAGAGGAGUUGCAUCAAAAUGAAGAGAAGGUUUAUAGUCGAACCAAAGAACUGGCCUGCAAAUGGGAGGAGACUCACGGUAUUCUGCAGGAGGAGGCAGUGGCUCUGAAGAAGGAAGGAAAUGCACUGGUUUUGGACUGCCAGUUCCCCCAUCUGAUCGGCAUUGAUGAAGACUUGCUCAACAGUGGCGUCGUCCUAUAUUAUUUGAAAGUAAAUGGAGCGUUUCAUCUUCACCUGACUGGCAUUCAUUCUCUGUUUUCUGUUAAUUAAUCACCAGCCAAAGCCGACUGCUCACACACCUUA